UCUUCUUUGUUGAUGAGAACUUCUGUAAGGUUUACGAACCUGGCAUGGAAUUCGGGUUUCUCUCUCUGUUUUUUGUUCACUCCUUCUUGACUCGUUUGUAACUUUUCUAGUUUUCCUUUCAAUUUCUUGUACUUUUCUUUCAUGGCUUUCCUUAUGCGCGUUUUCAUUUGAUCAAAAAGCUCCAUUUAGGAAGCCCACAGCCACAGAUACCACAAUACAUAAUACAUCGAACCAUCCUCAUCAGCAUAAAAAAGCCGCUUUUAGACAGAUGAUCAAUAGAAUUGAGCGAAUACCACUAACAAAAGAAGGAUACAACAAAGAACUGAACGCAAUAUAUGCCAUAGCGGCUAAUAACGGAUACAAAAGAGAUCUGGUAGAAGAAAUCCGAAGGGAGCACAAAAACAAAAAGCCAAACAAAGAAGAAAACAAUAACAAAAAUUGGGCGGUAUUAACCUAUACUGGAAAGUCAACGUACAAACUUGCAAAGCUGUUCCAGAAACACAACCUUCGCACAUCAUUCAGAACAAAUAACAACGUGGGACGGAUACUACGGAACACCACAAAUCAAGAAGAUCCAUUGGAUAAACAAGGAGUCUAUAAACUAACUUGCAAAUGCCAGCAUAGUUACAUAGGUCAAACAGGACGUAAAAUAAAAACAAGAUUCCGCGAGCAUAUAAGAGACUAUAACAAAAAGACACAGAAACCGAGCGCAAUACCAGAGUCAAAUUUUGCUAACCACAUGUUUAACAACAAAUGUUCACCAACGCAAAUAAGAAAGGCAGCGAAACUACUGCAUGUACAACAUAAAGGCCAACGACUAAACGUCCUAGAAAAUAUGGAAAUAUACAAACUAAAAACCUUCGACGGCAAAAUAAUAAACGAACAAACAAAUACCGCAUCGGAUGUUAUAUUCGAACCCUUAAAAUUGAUUUACGAAAAAAAGAAAAAUGACAACAAAACAACAGGCAUGGACACUCCGAACACACCAAAAAGCACCACCAGGGCAAAAAUCACUGACUUUUACCUACCUGCAGGCAAAAACCAUACAGCUACAACAUAAUAAUUAAUCAUCGACGAAUAUCACAUUACCUAAGAUAAAUGAA